UAAAUAACAUAUGUAAUAUAUAUAUCUAAAUCAUUUGUUUAUUUGAUUCCGACGGCGUAAAAUAUAUACUUGUUCAAAUUUUCAACGAACACAUUUUUCAAUAGCAUAAAAACAACGGAAAGAAACGCAAGAUGUGUGUCUUCAGCUGUGCAGCGUGGGUUCUCUUUUACAUAUACGGGACCAUUUUGCCGGCCUUUUACACAUUCAAGGCUGUGUCGAAUGACACUCAAAAGGACCUCACGCCCUGGGCUAAGUAUUGGAUUGUGUAUGCCUUCAUUACAACCUUCGAGGUGCUGGGCGAUAUGUUUAUCUCGUGGGUUCCACUGUACGGCAUCACCAAAAUGGCGUUGAUAUUUUGGAUUGGUCACACGGCGCCAGCUGCCAAUGUGCGGAUUUUUAAUUCGAUCCUGGGUCCAUUGCUCUUCAAGCAUCAGAAGCAGAUCGAUCACUUCUUACAACGGGGCAAGCAGCAGAUGCUAAACGAGUUCUUCAUUUGGGGAACGCAGAUUAUCAUCCGCAGCCGAAAGACCGUACUGCCCGUUAUCUUCGGCGUUUUUAAUCGCACUGGGAAUUCCAUUGGAAUGUCGCAAGUGGCCACUGAUGCAGACGGUCUGGAGGAAUGCCAGUUGUCAGAUAGCCGGGAAGCUGUCCCCAAUAUAUAUCCUGACGUAGGCGUAGCCGGUACACCGGAUUCAUCUGGCGAGAUGGACAAGAAAAAUGGCUUGCCUACGGAAUCGUCCGGGACCUCUCUAAGCCGCGGCCAACGCAAGCGUUUGUUGCGUUCCUCCGAUACGAAGAAUGAAAUUGAGGAUCUACCGGCAGUGCCAAUUCCGAAGGAUGAAGGUAACGAAGAAACAGAGGAUCUGCUGGCCAAGUCACAAAAGGAGGGCAAUGGCCGGACAUUCAGACAAUUUUUGAAUCCUCGAAGCAGUAAAUUUUAAUCAGUCAAAACUUCCUACGCUAUUCAAGCACAGUACCCAAGAUCAAAUCGUCGUCAAAAUGUUCGGUACUCAUUCAACCAAAACAAAAAACUCUACGCAGAAACACACAAUGUGAAUCAAAAGCUAAUAUCAAACUCACCGAAACUGGACGCUUAGGCCAAUUUAAUACCUUGGCGAUCAGGCUCAUCUCAACCACAUCCCUUUUUACUGCAUAGAGACGGCACCGCGAAAAGUUUGCGAACUUUUCAUCAACAGCAAAGCACUGGACAUUGGUGAACUUGGCAAUACCACGGACCUAAGAAGAUCAGAUCCGUAAAUCGAAACAUAACCAGAGGUGAGUGCUCCAAACUUGCCUGGAGAAUGUGCCAAAGCCCAAUCCAAACGAAGAGGUGGCCCCACAAAGUGGCCAUAACCGAAGACGGAAAAACUCUUUAUGACUGAACCAAUCAGUCAUCAAAACGAAUGUGAUGUGCCAUCGAAAACCAAUUCAUGCGAGAAAUAAAGCUGAUACAAAUCAAA